UCCAAGUGACGUGGAGCAGGCGGGCCCUGAGUCCCCUCUAUACUUCCUGUGUGGGGUUCAGACACCUGCCUCCCCUGCCUGCUUCUGGUGCCUUCUUCAGAAAUGAAGUAAUGAGCCGGCUGUGUCCGCCAUCUUAGUAGAGCGAGCACUCUGAGAGGAUGCGGUGGAACGCUUUCUGGGGCGUCCUGGGCCUCGGCCUUCUAGCAGUUGGCACUUACCAGGACGAUGCUGACGCUGAAUAUAAAGUCUCCAUCUCGGGAACCAGUGUAGAGUUGACAUGCCCUCUAGAGAAUGAAGACAACUUAAAAUGGGAAAAAAAUGACCAAUUACUGCCGAAGACCGAUAAGCACCUGGUGCUAGAGGAUUUCUCAGAAGUCGAGGGCAGCGGCUACUACGUCUGCUACACAGAAUCCUCAAGGAAAAACAAGUACCUGUACCUGAAAGCUAGAGUGUGUGAGAACUGUGUGGAGGUGGACCUGACUGCAGUCGCCAUAAUCAUCAUUGUUGACAUCUGUAUCACUCUGGGCUUGCUGAUGGUCGUUUAUUACUGGAGCAAGAAUCGGAAGGCCAAGGCCAAGCCUGUGACCAGAGGAAACGGUGCUGGUGGCAGGCCCAGAGGGCAAAACAAGGAGCGGCCACCACCUGUCCCCAACCCAGACUAUGAGCCCAUCCGCAAAGGCCAACGGGACCUGUAUUCUGGCCUGAAUCAGAGAGCAAUCUGACAGACAGGAGGGACACCGCCUUCCAUGGACCCAGAUCCAGCCCUCCAAGCUCCCUGCUAGCCCUUGUUCUCUGGACAAACUGCAGACUCCACAGCCUUGUUCUUCAGCCUCCUGGUGAACGCACGUUGGCUUCCUCUGCUAGAAGCCAGCACUGGGACAUCACUGACUCAACGUCCUUAGAAAUAGCAUGGCUGGUCAAAUUGUCACCCAGCCACCUUGGGGGGCGGGAGGGGGGAAUACUUUUUUUUUCAGCUUCUCUGCUGCCAUUCCUUGCCAGCUCCCCACUUCUUCACCAGUGUCACCUCUGCCUUCAAUCCCUUUGUCCCUCAUAGACAGCCCUUUCCUAUAGCUUUCUAGUGUAGCUGCCCCAUCCCUGCCAUAGGCGCCUCUCCAGGUAUCACCUUAGGUCCUUGGAUGGUCAUCUAUAUCUCCACAAAUAUACCAGGCCCCUCCCUGCUAAUGCAAAAAAGCAAUAAAGUGUAUUGGCUGGAAAA